UGAGAUAAGUCUAGAAUACGUUUUGACCAAGUGUUGGUACGGAUUGAUACGGAUUACUACUUUGAGGUACGGCUCAGGUACGGAUCGAUACGGAUUACUACGUUUCUAUCCGUGGCUAGAUGUAGUUAUCCGCGCCGUAUGUGUGACUGGGGUUUUACAUGUUUCGUUUAGUUUUCGCCGUUGUUUCGUAUGUAACUGCUGUGGGUUUCGGCACUGACGCAACGCUGAAAUACGCGCAUAAAUUAAAUAUAGGUUUAUGGAUAUGUAAACGUCUCGGCUUAACCUGUCAUAUUGCAUGAAAAGUGUGUUACAUAAAAUUCGCCACAAUUUAGGAGUGCUCUCUAGUAAAGACUCCUACUGUCAUUAUUCUAUUAGGUGUUAUUGAUCUACUUUUAAUCAGAUUUUUUCAAUAAAUCAUUUAACUCAUUAUGUUGACUGACCGGUAAAUGGUUUUUGGUAUAAUAAAAUACUGCCUCGGUCGAUAUUAACAUAUCUCGAGGCGAACGUUCUUCAUAUCACCCUCACGCUAAUGUAAUAUUUAUAUACUAUCAUUUAUUUAUAUAUCUGUAUAUUCUAUAAGCACUAUGUGUGGAGAAAACCAAGUUUGCACAAAACGAGGAAGAGGAUUGCGUUGUUUAUGUGAAGGCGGCUGGGAAGGGGUUAACUGUACCACUGAUGUAGAUGAAUGCAUGAAAACCCCGUGCAACAGUUAUGAAGUGUGUAUAAAUACAAACGGUUCAUUCACAUGCAUGUGUCCGGCCGGAUGGCAAGGUGCCAACUGUUCUGAUGAUAUAAACGAAUGUUUGAGGAAACCUUGUAACCAUUCUGGAGCGUGCAUAAAUACAGGCGGCUCCUACCUCUGUGACUGCACAGAUGGAUGGACUGGUAUCAACUGUGACGAAGCAAACGAAACAAUAAAUACAACUGCUGGGUAUUCAGACAUAACUACAUUGCCAGUUACACAGAUAUCCACUGCCACAG